GCCACUUGGUACAAAGGUUCGAUCUAUGGUGCCUACCGAAGGGAAUUUCUGCAGGAAGCAGUCCUGGAGACAGCUGUUGGUCCCAUUCGUGACGUCAUGGUCCAGCCAAGGAAUAUCAUGCAUCCCGACGAGUUUUACUUUCCAACUCUCGCUUACAACAGCCAUCUUCGACUGCCUGGUGCUUGUCUCCAUGGUCCGUCGCCCGCUUCUGAAGUGGGCUACAACUUCUUGGGCAAGUUUGUCAUUUGGGGAGGCUAUAAGGCUACCUGUCAUACCAAGUUUGUUAGAGGUGUCUGCAUACUUGGAAUGGAUCACGUGGCGUUGUUGCAGAGUGUGCCACACAUUUCCGCCAACAAGUUCCACGCUGACUUUCAACCAGAGGCAUAUGAUGCCAUGGAGCAAUGGUACUUCCAACGAGUCGCAGCGGAACUACAGUCAGGCUCGUAUAACAGGAGCUCAUUCGAUCCCAACAUUUAUGCCAAUCUCUCAUGCUCCCGUCAUCAUUUGUAGAUUUCUUGUUGUGGCAUAUUGCUCAAAUCCUCUCUCUCCAAUUGUUCAUUUCCUCUCCUGUCACAUUUUUUAUGUCUGCACCCAACAGUUAUAA